CCUGGAUAGCAGAAACAGCAGAAUUAAAUUAAACAGCGGAGCAUUGAAAAUCUGGUGGUUGCCAGGUAAAGGCUCCUUUGUACAGUCAACAGAAUUUAUCAGCCCGGGAAGAAAAUAUGAUCAGGUGCAAGGCACUUGGUAAAUUAAAGAAAAGACUUGAAGAAGCCAAAAACAAAUGGGCGAGGCUGGCUAAGCUGGAGUUUAGCCACAAUGAGAGCGCCCGGUUGGCCACGGAUGCCCUAUUGGAUGGUGGGCAGGAUGCGUACCAGAAAGUUCUCACGGAAGAAGGAGAGGUGGACUUUCUUUCCAAGCCAGAGGUCCAGUACAUCUUGGACAACGUGAAGGAGCCCUAUUACGCCAACGAAGGUCACAUAGAUGGCGAGAACGGCUCGGUGCAAAAUGGGAACCAUUCUCACCAAUCUGAAAGCUAUUACCCGAUGAAUUCAGGCGACAGCGAGCCCACGACGCCCCUCCACAACUGGAGCGCAGAGGACAAGCCCUAUCUUAAGGACAAGUCCAGCGCUACUGUGUACUUCCAGUCCGACAAAACCAAUAAUAUCAGGGAGACCAUCAGAAGGAGCAUACACAGAACAAAUCAGGUCCUGGCUAUAAUGAUGGACGAGUUCACAGACGCUGAGAUAUUCUGCGAUGUGCUGGAAGCUGCUAAUAAAAGGAACGUGUUUGUCUACCUCCUGCUUGACGCCAGCAAGAUACAGCGGUUCUUGGACAUGUGUGAGAAACUGCAGGUGAAAGACAUCCACUUCCAGAAUAUAUGUGUCAGGAGUGUAACGGGAGAAGUUUACUGCGCAAAAUCCGGCAAGAAGUUUUUUGGCCAAAUUAAUGAAAAGUUCAUUAUAUCCGACUGGAGGUGCGUCCUCUCCGGAUCCUACAGCUUCACCUGGCUGUCUGGUCAGGUCCACAGAAACUUUUUGUCCAAGUUUUCCGGAGUGGUGGUUGAGUUAUUCGAUGAGGAGUUCCGCCAUCUUUACGCCUCCUCCAAACCAGUGAUGGGCUUGAAGUCUCCAGCUCCCAUGGCACCUGUACUGAGGAGAGACAACAGCGGGGUUAGCACUAUGACAAACAGUAGCACUCAGGAGAGUGCCAACACGACCUCGGAACCUCUUAGCGGCUCCCCAGCGACCAGCAUCUCCCAAGCUUCACAGCGUCCCCCGUCCCCUGUACACAACACCCCGGUGCAAUCUCCUGUUCAUUCUCCACUACAGUCCCCACUUACAUCUCCACUUCAUAGGGUAAACUCUUUCCAUGGAUACUCUCCUCUGAGGUCCCCUCUGGGACAAACCAACUACCAAGUAAACUACCAGCAGAGGAACUACCUGCCAGAACCCACCACACACCUGUUCAACAACAAUAAUAACUUCUACCGCUCCAUGAGGACCCGUAGAGAGGAGCCUCCCGCCUCAAGGUUUACCCAAGGAUGGAGAUUGUUCACAAAGCCUACAAUGACUUAAUGUCUAGGAUUAUCUCACUAUGCAAUUGCACAAAAUGCACUAUAAGAGAAACACUUGAAGAGUGAGUGAAAAACAAA